ACGUUGCAGCAGAGUUACAGUCUGACGCGAGAGAGGAGCCGAGGGGGCGAGCUGCUGACCAGCCUCCUCACAUACACAUAUAUAUAUCUAUCUAUAUAUAGAUAGAUAGAUAUAUUCAAACGUCGAGUGAUGGAAAAGGCGGAGAUGUUUUUAUCCACCUCCCUCGCCUCUCGCCACAUCUGGAAGAUCCUCUCCGUCACGUGGCUCUUCACCAGCGGGACGCCCGCAGACCGCACCAACUAUGGAUUGCUUAAUUGAAGUUGGGCCACCUGAUCCUGUUUGAGCAAGGACAAGCGACUGGCAGCAGAGCAAGACAAGUCGUUAUGGACAGUUGUGUAAACCGCGCAUUGCCUGAUCAGAGAACCGGUGCGAAAAGCAGAAAUCCAUCCUCGGGAAACCACAUCUAUCUGCGCGUAAAGGACGCGGACGAAACGGCUCCAUCCGUCGCCGCUUGAAAUAUUCCGCGCUGUGUUUUAGUGACUACGAGGAAAAGCUGUAGUGAGAGUAGAGGCUGUGAUUGUGUGACCGGUGUGUUUGUCCCGGCUCUGGAGCGAGUGUGGCCGACAGCUCUUAUUGCGCGCAGACCAAUUGUGCGUCGCAGUUUAGCCGAUCACAGUCGCCUCAGGCGAGCCGCCUCGGCUGGUCCUGCGAUCCUCGACAGACAACAGGCCUCGGCAACAACUGUGUGAAGGUAUUUUUUCAAAAAACUUUUUCAUUUUACUUUUUAACUUUGACUGCAAACAAGUGAGUUUGUACAGCUGCAUCCAAGCGCACCUGUGUGGCAGUGAGUGAGCAAUGGCUUUACCAGAUAGUAGCAUUUCCGUGGAGGAAGUACCCUUCCCAGAGAUUGUAGAGCUCAAUGUGGGCGGACAGGUGUACAUCACCCGCUACUCUACCCUCACGAGUGUACCAGAGUCUCUGCUAUGGGAGAUGUUCAGUCGAAAGUCAGCCAAAGGUCUGGCCCGGGACACCAAGGGGCGCUUCUUUGUGGACCGUGAUGGUUUCCUGUUCCGUUACAUCUUGGACUACAUGCGGGACCAGCAGCUGGUUCUUCCUGACCACUUCCCCGAGCGAGGGCGUCUGCAGAGGGAGGCUGAGUUCUUCAAUCUGCCGGAGCUCGUCAAGCUACUUGCGCCCAAAAUCAGCAAGCAGAACUCGCUGGGCGACGAGGGAUGUCAGAGCGACCCAGAGGACUCCUCGCCUGGGAUUGACACGGCCCGUAACCUCGGCUCCCUGGGUGCUGCGGCUGCUGCCUGUGCCAGCCUGGUGCCCGGUGCCAUGGAUGGCAAACGGUCCGGGUUCAUCACCAUUGGCUACCGGGGCUCGUACACCCUGGGCCGCGACAGCCACACCGAUGCCAAAUUCCGCCGGGUGGCACGAAUCAUGGUGUGUGGGAAGACCUCCCUGGCCAAAGAGGUAUUUGGGGAGACGCUUAACGACAGCCGUGACCCCGACCGCCCCCCUGAGCGCUACACAUCCCGCUACUAUCUCAAGUUCACCUUUCUGGAGCAGGCUUUUGACAAGCUGGCUGACGCAGGCUUCCACAUGGUGGCCUGUAACUCCACAGGAACCUGCGCCUUUGCCCAUGAGCAGACGGACGACAAGAUCUGGACCAGCUACACUGAAUAUGUGUUCUACCGUGAGUGAGACUAUAUCGGCUUUGUUCCCCUGGUCCUCCACCCUGUCUUCAAGUGCCCCCUUCCCUCCGGCCUCCAGCCACCAUGUCUCUCUCUCUCUGAUGGCUCCCGCUCCAGUAGAUGUACCAUAGAUGUUGUGCCCUUCCAUCCCUCUCUGCAGCAUCCAGCUUUAUAUCCUAUGAACAGUACGCAGCAGCUGCUCUGACUCCUCAUACCCUCUCUGCAGGUCCAAACUGCAGCCCUCACCCUCAACCCCAAAUCCAACCCUCCUCAUCCUCAGGUCCAGUUUUUGCCUUCGCUUAAGCGUCGUCCCAUCUAGUAAAACUCCCCCAGUCCUCAACCCCAGCCUGCUCCUGCAGAGACUGAUCCCUUAUAUGUACUAUUCUCCGGUUGUACUCUAUAUAUUGCAUCUGCCUCGGUGAAGCACAAUACUCUAUCCAAGAGCUAAUUUUGUUAAAUAAGCACCCCGGUGUGUCUGUAUGACUAUUGACACAGUCAUAGGGGCAUAGGGGAAAGGGCUUCAAAGAGUGGCCAUGAUGUACAGUGCGAUACUUUGCCUGCGUACUCGAGCAGAUUGGACUCUUUCCUGCUCCCCUGAACUAAAUUACCAAAUAAUUGGACUUCUUAUCAGCCUUGAGGGACGUGAGCAGCCCCCAGCACAAGAAAGAAGUGUAACACAAAAUCUAAUCUCCUUCAGUUUUUAUUAAAUGUGUCCAGUACCAUGUGGAUAGGGAAUGUGCCAUACAGUAGUUUUUUUUCUUCUGCCCAGUUGUUAUGAAUGAAUGAGGAAUGAUAUAACACAGCAACAUGGACAGAGGGGGGGGGGGGGGGGGGGGGGGGGGGGAUUUACUUUUCAAAAAGACACUGGCCUUUUGGCAAAGGAACAAGCAACAGGCUUUGAUUUAAGAAAAUAAGUUUCAUAGACAAGAAAGGAAAGUGGUUUCCUAAUGAAGUGUGUGUAUUGAUUGUACAAAUGGAGCUUUCAGUAUUUUAAUCACCCACGCUGGGAGGGCAGAGGAGAUGGGAGGUGGUGUAUCACGUGCAAAGCCCACCGCUCUAAGUUUUUGCUUAUUGUGCUUCUUUGACAUUUUCUUUGCUCAAAUUACACGACGAGCUUCGCACCACGACUUCAAGUUGUUUCCAUAAAAAGACAAAAAUGUGGUAUAGUCAUUUCAAGCGGACCAUGUCUUGAGUGUUCUGUAAACAAUGAUGUUAUUCUCAAUGCUCAGUUCAGUAUUAGUUGAAGCUAUUGCUUAUUUGAUGAUGACUCUCACCUAAUGUAAGUGAAUACCCAUGAGAAUAGGAUUACGCUGUAGCCAGCCAAAGCCCAAUGUUUUCUCUCAACUGUAGCAAGGGCAUAGUGAGGGCAGCUGAUAAUGAGCAGGUGUAACUUUCCAUUCAAAGGAGCAAGUGGAGAGGUUUUUUUCCAGUUACACCCUCAGGACCGGUCUGCACAUCAUAUACCUCAGACUAAAAUACAAACUGAAGGAACUUACAUCCAAAAAAAGUUCCUGCUGAUGACAGGAAAAUGCAGAAGCUGUAAUAAGAUUUAAAAGAUAAAGAGGUGCAAUAUGAAGUUGAGAAAAAGCGCCAGCAAGGCAAUAUAGUGCAGGAUUUCACUUGAGCGGUAAGGUGUCAGUUUGUAGAUUUGGCAGAACGUCUGACAGUGACAAUAAAUGUAUUCUGAAAUGUCUAGAAACCGCAAUGUUGUGUUUCAGUGUGAUGACGUGCUGUUGACAUCCGAGUCAAUAUGUUAGACCUGCAAGCAGUGUGUCACUGCGAGCGUAAAUAACGCAGAAAUUCAAAGUGUUCGGUAAAAAAAAAAAAAGCAAAUUGAUUUUUGUCAAAUAAAAGAUGUUUCUCUUCCUA